UUAUGCACUAACUCAAAGAGUGAUAAUGAGAAUGGGGAUGUGGGUAAAUGAAUGAAUAAACGAUUUUCCUUUCAAAUCCCCCUUUCUCCUCUCCUACCUACACGACUCUUUCCCCCUCCGGCGAUAAACAUCUGUAAAUGAUUUGUAUUUGGCUUCUCUUCAUCUAGACGGUGACCCAGAGCCCGAACGGCUUUUGUCCUUUCUCCGGUGGAUCGCCCUUGUUCUUUGAGAUCUAAUUUGCUGUUUUAAUUUCGUCGAAUUGGGUGUGGAUCUCAAAGUAUGGUUGUCUGAGAAUUCAAGGGUUAAUUAGGGUUUUGUGCAUGAAUGGAUGAAGGGAUGAGAUCCAGCGGAGGUUCAGUAAAGAAGAAGAAGAUGAAUUCGAAGAAAGGGGGCAGCUCGAAUUUAUCAAGGUCAGCGAAGAAAUCUUACACUAGAAAGGAGAAGAAGCCUCGUGUUGUCUCAAGUGAUUCAGAGUCGAGCCAGGAGGAACUUGCUUCUUCUACUCCUGGUAAGUUUCGUAACAAUGUCACGGAUGACUCUGAUUCUGGACAGAAUUGUGAAGCUGUAAGUGAUAGGAAGAGAAGGUUGGAUGUGUUUGAGUUUGAUGAGUACGAUGUUAGUGAUGUAAAAAAGAUGAGAAAGGAGAAGAAUUUGCAGAAUAGCUUUAAGCUUACAGGAAAGGGUAGAAAUUUGACGAAAUCUGAAUGUGGUUCCAGUAAGCCUGUCAUGGCAGUUAAAAGAAAAGAUUCUUCUAAUGAUAGUGCUGCUAGUGAUGGAUCUUCAGAGGAUGAUGAUGAUGACGAAGCUCAUUUACCUAUUCUUUCACUUAGGCAGAAGUCUCGCAUCACCAAGUCUUCUGAUGAAGCAAUCAGGUUGCCUGGGAAAAAUGGUGUUUUGAAGGUAACGGCGAGUAAGAAGAAACUCGAUAAGCCACAUAAAGGAAAAAGCUCUGAAACAGUUAAAGAAUCCAGAAAAGAGAAGAAUCAUCAGAAACCAAAAGAAGAAAGUCCUCGUGGCCGUGGAUCUUCUAGACUCAAAACUUCAUCUUCUCAAAAGACUCCACCAAUUCUUGCUGGAAAGCAAAAGCGUGGUAGGGCAACAGAGAAACAGUUGCUACGGGAGAAGAUAAAACAUAUGCUUAUUGAAGCUGGCUGGACGAUUGAUUAUAGACCCAGAAAAGAUAGAGACUAUUUAGACUCUGUAUAUAUUAAUCCUUCAGGAACAGGUUUUUGGUCAAUCACAAAAGCAUACGAUGCACUUCAAAAGCAGUCAGUGGAGGAAGAUGAUGUAAAAAUAAAACCUGGGGGUAACUCUGAUGGAUUCACUCCAUUGCCAAAUGAGUUGAUUAAUAAAUUGACUAGGCAAACCCGUAAAAAGAUUGAAAAGAAAAUGAAGAAUAGCUCAGAUGAUGACAAUGAGGACGGAGAUGAUGAGAAGAAAGAGAUCUCUGAUUCAAUACAAAGAAGGAAAAACAGAAAAAUCGGAAGAUGUACUUUGCUGGCUCGUUCUUCUGACGAGCACCGAACCUCAGAAAGCGAUAAUUACAUCCCUUACAGAGGAAAACGCACUGUUUUGCUAUGGCUGGUUGAUUCGGGAACAGUUAAAUUGAGUGAGAAAGUAACAUACAUGAACCGUAGGCAUACAAAAGUGAUGUUAGAAGGUUGGAUUGCCAAAGAUGGUAUCCAUUGUAGUUGCUGUAGCAAGAUUCUUUCUGUUACGAAAUUCGAGAUUCACGCAGGAAACAAACUGCGACAGCCAUUCCAAAACAUAUUUCUUGAAUCGGGUUCUUCACUUCUGCAAUGUCAGAUCGAUGCUUGGAAUAGGCAAGAUGAGUCUAAACGAAAAGGUUUCCACACUGUCCACACUGAUAGCGAUGAUCCAAACGACGAUACUUGUGGUCUUUGUGGCGACGGUGGAGAUUUAAUUUGUUGCGAUGGUUGUCCAUCCACAUUUCACCAAAAUUGCUUAGGGUUGAAGAUGCUUCCGGAUGGCGAUUGGCAUUGUCUGAAUUGCACAUGUAAGUUUUGUGGUAUUCUCAGUGAGAAUAUCCCUGAAGCCGAUUCAACAAGUGCGCUUCUUAGGUGUAAUCUGUGUGAGAAAAGAUAUCAUGAAUCAUGCAGCGAGGGAAUUACUGACUCAACCAUGUCUUUCUGUGGGAAGGAUUGCAAACGGAUAUUUGACCGUAUGGAGAAGCUUCUUGGGGUCAAACAUGAACUUGAAGAAAGGUUUUCGUGGUCUUUAAUUCGUAGAUCCGACUUACUAGACAUAGAUGAACGAAACUCUGGUUAUUCGAACAAGGUGGAAAGCAAUUCUAAGCUGGCUGUUGCUCUCUCUGUAAUGGAUGAGUGUUUUUUGCCAAUUGUUGACAGGAGGAGUGGGUUUAAUAUGAUUCACAACGUUCUUUAUAAUUGUGGAUCUAAUUUCAGCCGAUUGAAUUACAGUGGAUUCUACACUGUCAUUUUGGAGAAGGGUGAUGAAAUUAUUGCUGCUGCAUCCAUCAGGAUACACGGGACUCAACUAGCUGAGAUGCCAUUCAUAGGGACACGUCAUUUAUACAGGCGUCAAGGGAUGUGUCGUAGGCUCCUUGGUGCCAUUGAAUCGGUUCUUCGAUCAGUCAAAGUGAAUAGAUUGGUUAUUCCUGCUAUAUCGGAGCACAUGCAUACGUGGAAAGUGGCUUUUGGUUUCAGUCGACUCAACAACCCUCAGAAACAGGAGAUGAAGUUGCUGAAUAUGUUGGUCUUUCCUGGUAUAGAUAUGUUACAGAAGCCUCUUCUGGAGAACACGUCGAAUAUUGAAGAUUCAUCAGUUGGACAAGAAAUUCCCGAAUGUGAUGAUGAUGAGAUCAACGAUAAAGCUUCAACUGAGGAUUCCAUUAUGCAAGAUGCAGUUAUUCCCUCCAGCGACAAUCUUGGAUUAAGUGACACUACUGAAUCACGAAGCGAAGAAGCUAAAGCUGUUUUGGUUGAGUCCACUUCUUGUCCUUCAGAAGCUCCUGUCCCAAUUUCUGACACUGUAGCAACACACACGAAAGAAAAUGGUACCGAAAAACUUGAAACAGCUGGUGCCGAGAUUUUUGCAACGGAAAUUGAAAGCCCUGAGGAUUCUAUUUUGCAAGAGGCAGUUAUUCCCUCCAGCGACAAUCUUGGAUUAAGUGAUACUACUGAAUCGCCAAGACAGGUCACUGUUAACGAAGAAGCUAAAGCUGUUUUGGCUGAGUCCAUUUCUUGUCCUUCAGAAGCUCCUAUCCCAGUUUCUGAAACUGUAGCAACACACACGAAAGAAAAUGGCACCAAAAAACUUGAAACAGCUGGUGCCGAGAUUUUUGCAACGGAAAUUGAAAGCCCUGAGGAAUCUAUUUUGCAAGAGGCAGUUGUUCCCUCCAGCGACAAUCUUGGAUUAAGUGAUAUUACUGAAUCACCAAGACAGGUCACUGUUAAUGAAGAAGCUAAAGCUGUUUUGGUUGAGGCCAUUUCUUGUCCUUCAGAAGCUCCUGUCCCAGUUUCUGAAUCCGUAGCAACACACAUGAAAGAAAAUAGCACCGAAAAACUUGAAACUGCUGGCGACGAGAUUUUUGCAACGGUAAUUGAAAGCCCUGAGGAUUCUAUUAUGCAAGAAGCAGUUAUUCCCUCCAGCGAAAAUCUUGGAUUAAGUGACGCUACUGAAUCGCCCAGCCAGGUCACUGCUAAUGAAAAAGCUAAAGCUGUUUUGGUUGAGUCCAUUUCUUCUCCUUCAGAAGCUCCUAUCCCAGUUUCUGAAACCUUAGCAACACACACGAAGGAAAAUGGCACCGAAAAACUUGAAACUGCUGGCGACGAGAUUUUUGCACCGGAAAUUGAAAGUCCUGAGGAUUCCAUUAUGCAAGAAGCAUCCAGCGACAAUCUUGGAUUAAGUGACACUACUGAAUUGCGAAGCCAGGUCACUGUUAAUGAAAAAGCUAAAGCUGUUUUGGUCGAGUCCAUUUCUUGUCCUUCAGAAGCUCCUGUCCCAGUUUCUGAAACCGGAGCAACACACACGAAAGAAAAUGGCACAGAAAAACUUGAAACUGCUGGCGACGAGAUUUUUGCAACAGAAAUUAGAAUCCCUGAGGAUUCCAUUAUGCAAGAUGCAGUUAUUCCCUCCAGCGACAAUCUUGGAUUAAGUGACACUACUGAAUUGCGAAGCCAGGUCACUGUUAAUGAAGAAGAAGUUGUUUUGGUUGAGUCCAUUUCUUGUCCUUCAGAAGCUCCUGUUCCAGUUUCUGAAACCGUAGCAGCACACACGAAAGAAAAUGGCGCAGAAAAACAUGAAACUGGUGGCGACGAGAAUUUUGCAACAGAAAAUGAAAGCCAAAGAGUUAUUGACGUUGCUUCUUCAGAUACAAAACUUGUGCCAGUGGAUUCCGACGACACACGUGAAAACGUCUUGGUUGAAGAUUCUUCCACAAGUGGGAAUGGAAAUCAAGUGUCAAUUCAAGACACAAUUGGAGUUUCUGUUUCGCCUCACCAUAAAACCGAGGAGAACAGUUCUGACUGUAUCUCUGAGUUGAAUCAAACUGUAGCUUGCAAACUUCCUUUGAUUAAUGGUGUUGUUUCCACAGGUGGUGAAAUCAAAGAUCAUGAAUUAAGUUCAAAGGAAACAAUGGAAAAACUUUCUCUUGAUUGCAUCAGUAACGAAGUUGAUAGUACAAUCGAGAUGACAAAUACAUCAAGUGCCCCAUCAGGAACCAUGUCUUCCAACUAGAAUUCAAAUUCCUCGACCAGAAAACACAGGAAGACCCUCGCACAUCGAUUAGCAAAUCAAAUGGAGGGAUAGACCAGAAAACUCAAGGAAGACUCAAAAUCAAAUGGAGGGUUGAGCAUCUAGACAAAUAUGGUUGCUUUUGAUGUGGGUUUUCUUCUGUACAUAAUUUUUCAUCAAAAUUUGCAAUCUUGUAGUGGACAAAGUGCUUAAAGGUGGUGUUUUGAUAGGAUUUUCUACCAUGUUCAGAACUGUCUUAAAUGUUGUUAGUUUCUGGGUUUGAAUAGUUUGAUGGAUUUA